GUUUUUGUCCACGGAGCAGCAGCGGGAGAGUUAAUAAAGCUGGAAGAUAGAAAGAGCAGCAGUUGGUGAACUGUGGAAAGAAGAGAAACGGCUUGAAGCUCAGCUGGAACUGCUCAGGAAGUGUUAAAGGAAAGUUUGGAGAGAGAAAAGCUAGCAGAGAUGUGGAGACAGCAGGUCAAGCAGCGACUGGAUGCAGCAGAGGAGCAGAGACACCACAUCCUGGAUGCUGCUUUCAGCCCCCAACAUCUGCUGCACACAUCAGAUGUUCGUCACUCUUCCUCGCUUAAAGAAGAUGCUCCUGAUGCGGACCUGCAGGACCCAGAACUGGUCCAAAUAAAGGAGGAAGAGGAGGAACUCAUGGCCACCAGGCUCUCAGUGUCGCCUGUUCCUGUGAAGAGUGAGGAUGAGGAAGACAAACCUCCGUUCUCUCUUCAUCACGACCAAACAGAACUUGGAGAUCUGCCAAGCAACAGCUCAGCUGACCAGAUAAAAACUGAUGAAGAGGACGGCGAAGGAGGAGAAUCCUGUAGGAACCAAGAUCUGAACACACAUGGAGACAUGUCCAACUCUUCAGACACUGAAGUCAGUGAGGAAGAGGAGGAGGACGACGACGAUGAUGAGGACUAUUCGGACUCUCAGCUCAAACCCUUGUCGGACUCUGAGGCUGAAACCGAAGAGAGUGAAGAAUACUGUGAGGAGAGCAGCGCUGCUAAGUCUGCUGGAAACGCUCGCAGCAAACCUUGGAUCUGCGCAGAGUGUGGCAAACGGUUCACUAGCAAGCGCUCCCUUCAGAGCCACAUGGCAUGCCAUUCAAAAUCUGAGAUGAAAACCCAAAAGGAUCAGAAAAGUUUCAGUUGUGACAUCUGCGGUAAAAACUUUAAGAGAAAAAGUCAUCUGAACCUGCACACAAUAAUCCACACGGGAGAGAAACCCUUUGGUUGUGAUGUUUGUGGACAGAAAUUUGGUCGAAAGUCUCAUCUAAACAGACACAUGACAAUCCACUCUGGAGAGAAACCGUUUGAGUGUGAUAAAUGCACGAGGAAGUUCUCCAGUAAAUGUCGUCUUAACUCCCACCAGAGAGUCCACUCGGACGAGAAACCGUAUGGCUGUGACUUCUGUGAACAGAGGUUUAAGGACAAGUCGGCUGCGAACAGGCACAUGAAAGCCCACGAAAGCCCAGGAGAGGAGCAUAUUAAAGAGAAACAGUUUGGGUGUGAUCAGUGCAGUAAAAGGUUUGCCAGUAAAAGCUGCUUGAAUUCACACCUAAGAAUCCAUACAGGAGAGAAACCGUUUGUCUGCGAUCUUUGCGGACAGAGAUUUUUCUAUAAGGCAAAUCUGAAAGCACAUUUAAGGAUUCACACUGGUGAGAAACCGUAUAGUUGUGAUGUAUGUGGACAAGAUUUUAGAUCAAAAUCACAUUUAAACACUCACAAGACAAUCCACACCGGCGAGAGGCCACUGAACUGUGAUGUUUGUGGACAACGCUUUAGCCGUAAGUCGCAUUUAACCAGACACAUGAAAGUCCACACAGGAGAGAAACCUUUUGGUUGUGUUCAGUGCAGUAAACGGUUCACCAACAAAACAGACCUAACCUUCCACCUGAGAAUCCACACUGGAGAGAAACCAUAUGCCUGUGACUUCUGUGGGAAAAGAUUUGUAGUCAAAUCGGCUGCAAACAAACACAUGAGAGUACAUUCAGGAGUGAAGCCUUUUGGCUGCCAUCUUUGUGGGCAGAGAUUUACAGCCAAGCCCAGUGUUAAGAAACACAUGAUAAUUCACACAGGGGAGAAACCCUUUCGUUGUGAUGUCUGUGGGUAUAGGUUUAACCUAAAGACAAGUUUAGACAGGCAUACGAGAAUCCACACUGGAGAAAAACCGUUUGGUUGUGAUGUUUGUGGACGACACUUUAACCGCAAGUCCACCUUAAAUACACACAUGAAAAUCCACAAAGAAGAGAAAGUUACUUAGAGAGGCAGCAAUAGAGGAAACAUGAGUUCACAUCCAACUAAACCUGUAAAGUUUCCAGGUUGGUGUUAAAAUUGAUGCGUUUUUCAAACGGUGACAAUAUUUCCUUCAUGGAAGAUGAUGAUUUGCUUUGGGACUCAUUGUACAUUCAAACCCGUUUAAUAAAAUAGGUAAUAGAUCAUGUUAGUUGUCUAGCAGGUAGUUCAGGUGUAUAUCUGGGAAAAUACAAACCGGUUUAAUUUUGUAAUGUUUACUUUAUUAAAGUAUUUCCUCUGAACGAGGAAAAAAGCAUUUAUGCAUAAAGGUCAAUCCUACGAGGACUUAGGGCCACAAACAGGUUUUAAAGUUUUAAAGGAUGCAGUUCAUCCUCUCAACUGUGGGUCCGUUUGAAUUAAUGUUCAGAGUGAACAGAACCACAUCGGGUUGGACUGAUACUUGUAGGGACU